UUAGCGGUUGUGUUGCCCCAGGGACCAUCUUGGAGUCAGGAAGGGAUGUUUUUCCCCUCUGGGGCAAAUUAGAGAGGCUUCAGAUGGGGUUUUUUGCUUUCCUCUGGGGCAACUAGCAGUUAGGCAGGUUAUAUAUAGGCAUUAUGGUUGAACAUGAUAGACGUAUGUCUUUUUUCAACCUAACUUACUAUGUUACUAUGUUACUAUGUGUCAAGGGGGUGGCACAUUGCUUCUCAAUGCUUUUCUCCUAAUUAGAGACUUUUAUGAAGUCCCCUACAAAGGGCAGCCUGUAAAAAGGAAGCAAGUUUACGUAUUUCCUUCAUCAACCUUAGUUUAUUUACUAUAACCACCUGAUUUGAUGUAACUUAUACAUUUCCAGAGUAACUCUUUAUUUCACAAUCAUUCCUAGAAAAUAUUUCAAACUGUGUCAUACAAAGACGCGAAUUUAACUCUAUUUGCUAAAACCCGUUCUAUAUAAAUACACCAAGAUGGCGGUUGAAAGAACUAAGAUCUUGCGUUCCACGCCUCCAGCUCAGUGAUUCCCCCAGUGUGAGCGACCCGAAGCGGAAGUGACGCGCUUCUAUAUAAAAACACCAAAAUGGCGGAUGAAACGACUAAGAUCUUGCGUUCCACGCCUCCAGUUCAGUCAUCCGCCCAGUGUGAGCGACCGGAAGCGGUGGUGACGCGCUUAUCCGUGCGCCGGCGGAUAGUUAGAACCUUUGCGGCUAACGGGUUGCGUUCUGUGAAGCGUCAGGAUGGCGGGGAAGAGCGGGGAGGAGAAGAUGAAGGCGAUGGAGGCGGAGAUGGCGCUGUUUGAGCAGGAAGUACUGGGAGCUCCCGUGGCGCUGCCUCCAGUGGAUCCCGUGCCCUUGCCCAUCCCAGCUGUGCCUGUUAUACGGGCGAUUAUUGCCACUAACACCUAUAGCCAGGUGCAGCAGAGUCUAGAGGCGAGGGCAGCCGCUGCGGCCAGUGUCGUGGGGCCCAUGAUUGUUCCACCGGUGCCAUUUGUUGGCCCAGCAGCCAUCCCACCACCUAGACCACCAGUUAUGAGGCCCAGUUUCAUCCCCCAUGCUCUGCAGCGACCAGCCGAGCCUCACGGAGCAAUGCCCCGCCCUUCCUUCAUUCCUCAUGUCUUGCAGCAAAGAGCUGUUGGCCCCCGACACCCAGGGAUGCCUCCCCCACAGCCUUUAAUGGCCCAUCACAUGCAUGGCCCGCCUCCACCACUGAUGAGACACAUCCCGCCUCCUCCGCUUGGCAUGCGUGCUGGCCCCCCGCCUGCACCUGUGGGACCUCUGCCUCCCCCGCCCCGCCCUGUGGUACCGUCUGCUCCAAAGAUGAACCCUACCGUUAUCCAAGCUGCCCCCACUGUCUAUACUGCACCCCCAGUAAGGAAGCCAGAGGAGGAAAUUGUGGAGCCGCCAAUAUUACCGGAUGAGAAGGAAACUCUCAGCUUUGAAGAAGCCGUUAUUGGCCCCAGUAUGCCGGAAAUGGAACCGGUGCAGCCCGAGGUGGUACUGGAACCGGUACAGGAGGAUAAAAAGAAAACAAAGCCGGAGAAAUUAAAACGGUGCAUUCGCACUGCGGCCGGAACAUCCUGGGAAGAUCAGAGCUUAUUGGAAUGGGAGUCAGAUGACUUCCGGAUAUUCUGCGGGGAUCUGGGAAACGAGGUGAACGACGACAUCCUGGCUCGCGCUUUCAGCCGUUACCCCUCCUUCCUGAGGGCCAAAGUCAUCCGGGAUAAACGCACGGGGAAGACUAAAGGCUACGGGUUCGUGAGCUUCAAGGAUCCCAACGACUACGUGAGGGCCAUGCGCGAAAUGAACGGCAAAUACGUGGGCUCUCGGCCCAUAAAGCUGCGCAAGAGCCAAUGGAAAGAUCGCAAUAUGGACGUGGUGCGCAAGAAGCAGAGGGAGAAGAAGAAGCUCGGCCUGAGAUAGAGACAGAACCACAGGCAUGGACUCCAUAUUGUCCCCCGUUUCUGUGUGAGUGGGGGUGCUCCGUCCCUCCAGCUGUUACACACAAGCAAGCACCCCAUGUAACGGCUGGAGGGCCACAGACAUUUACACCUAUCCAGGUUGCUGGGCCCUGAGUGGCCAAUAAAGGGUCUCCACUCCGGGGAGUGUUUGGUUUGUAUUCUAUGCGCUUACCCAGGACAAACAGUUACGUUGUAUUUUAUAUUUCCUCCUCGUUACUUUUAAUUUAAUGACAAACCGACGCUGGCUCCGCCUGCACUGGAUCUGCUAAUUAAACCUUAAAGGGCCGGCGUCUGCUGUUGUUGUUAAAUUCUCUGCCCAAGUUGAUGACAAUUCACUUUAUUCGAUUAAGAAAAUAAAGUUUUAUUGUUUUUAAAACUAAAA